GGGCUUCCCCUUAAUUCAUGUAAGAGACAGAUUGACAGUUCCAAGUUGAGUUUCGCAAAGUCAAGGAUUAUUGGAUCGAAAUAAGAGCACCAAACAAGUUGAUUGGUAUCAAACCAUGUCUUGUCAACCAAUGAUAGCCGAUCAUAAUAUAAAGGCACAGGCAGUAGGCCCAGGAGCAAGUGGCACACAGUUAAAUCAGGCACCAAUCGUCGAAUCAGGUCAAGAACAGGAGCAGAUCAUACAAGAUAGCAAAAGCGAGAAGGAGAAAGAAGUAGCUGGCCCCAAGGAAAAACUAGCACUUGUUAGACAGAGAUUAAAAGAAAAGGAUAAAGCAUACAAUGAACAGGAAACUAUCAAGCUACGAUUGGAGGAGGAAUUAACUUCAGCAAACAAGGAAAUAACAUUUUUGAAGAAGAGGAUUGAUAGUAGUAAGGAGCUUGAGAAAAAACUAAAGGAGAAAAUAAGUGAACUUGAAAAGGAAAUGAACGAGAAAGUUGAAGAACUUCAAGAUAAAGAAGCAAGAAUCAAGCAUCGAGAAGAAAAUUUAUCUGAGAAAGAGAAAAGUGUGUUUAAUGCUGAAGGAAUUGAUGCUGCUGAUAAGAGAGACAGGGAGUUGAUGAUCAAGCAAGUUAAAGAUUUGAAGAAGGAGAGUAAAAAGAAUAUUGCUGAGGCUACACAACGUAUUGAUGAAUUAGAGGAGACACACAAGGAGCAACUUAAAGAGAUCAAAAAAUUGAGAGAAGAGAAUAUAACACUAAAAGGGACUGUAGUGGAACAAGAGAAUAUGAAGGAAAAGCUUACUGAGUUGGAAGCAUCUCGUGAUAAAGUUGCUGCAAGUUAUGAGGAAAAAAUUGAUCUCAUUAGAAGAGAGGAAGAAACAAAAUGUGCUAAAAUGAAACAUGACUUUGCUAAGGCUACAAAUCAUAUUGAUGAAUUAGAGAAGACUCAUAAAGAACAACUUAAAGAGAUUAAUAGACUGAAAGAAGAGAAUAUAGUUCUAAAAGUAUGUUUUGUGUGA